AUGGAUCCUACCGAGCUAAGGGAUAUCAUUUUGAACGCACGUCAGCCAUACGUUGUGCAUAAUGCACAUCUUCCGUGGGAUUGCUUUCGGCAAACUUUUGAGGAAUGGUGUGAGAUGUAUGAUGGAAUACAACGAGAGUUAAUUCCAUUUGAAGGAUGUUCUGUAGAAAGCGGUAGUACUCCACAAUGGGAAUGUCAACGCACCAAGGCAAAGAUGAGAAUGAGCGACCUUUGCAAAUUCAAUGUGAAUGCCAAAAAACGUUGGAACACUUUCAGCUAUCGUAACAUACACGAAUUACCCGAAGCGUGCCGUAGAGGUAUCAAUUUUGCUUGUUUCGGAUUUCCUGAAGUAGACAACGAUAUUACCUUUUGGAUAAGCUCCGCCCAAGCGCACACUCCCUGCCAUUACGAUACGUACGGUUGCAAUAUAGUGGUGCAAGUUUACGGAAGAAAAUCCUGGAUUCUACUCCCACCGGAAGCGAAGCUUAAAACUCUGCGAGUCCCAUUUGAGGAAUCGAGCGUUUAUUGCGAGCAAAACUUUUACAGUCCCGCGUCUUUUGGCUCGUUUGCCAAAGUGGAAAACCAUGUGUAUCAUAUAAUUUUAGAACCUGGAAUGGCUUUGAUUGUACCUCCGAGAUGGUGGCAUUAUGUGGAAACAUUAGAACCGUCACUUAAUUUUAACACAUGGCUGGGUGUGGAAGACGACGUUGAUGCACAAAUUUCGGAAUGCAUCACAAAAUUGCUGAUACAAGAUAUAUGCAAUGGUGAAACAGAGAAUGUCAGAAAGAAUAUCAUAAAUCCGAACGAGGAUUUAUCAAUGUCUGCGCAUGGGAUCGAAGAAUCGUUCAGCAUUCUACACUAUCUUAUGCUACAGAAACAAAGCAAUAAGCGCCAAUGCAUGGAUAUAAAGCGCUAUCCUUUUGGUUAUUUAAGCAAUGAUGUUUUCAAUGCAUUAAUCAAACACAACGCCUCGUUUAUUAAGCCGAUUCAACAUAUCUCACCCAGUGCUUUUUUUAGCAUUAUUUCUCGCAACAGUUUGCGAUACAAUCCUGAAAUUGAUGAUAAAACCAAUAGAACAAUAUCAAAUGAUGAAGUUGAAAAAUUGGAAAGAUUGAAAAAGUUUAUCAACGUGUGUUGCAAUCCUGAAUUAGUAAAUACGAUAAAAACAGCUCUCUUGAAUGGAGAUUUUAAAUGA